CUGUAGAGGAGAGAGCUUCUGGGGAGGAGGGGACGCGAGAGCAGAGCGCGCACAGACCCAGGGACCAGCCAGGAGGAGAAGAACUAGAACUUCAGAGAGAGAAAGGAGCGGAGGAUGUCCAGAGCUGACUGGUCCUUCCUGGAGCACUUGCUGGAGGAGGGUCAGGAGUACUCAACGGGCGUCGGGCGCGUGUGGCUAACCGUUCUGUUCCUCUUCCGUAUGCUAGUCCUGGCGACCGCCGCAGAGUCCGCCUGGGAUGACGAACAAGCCGACUUCGUUUGCAACACCCGCCAACCCGGCUGCACCGCGGUCUGCUACGAUAAGGCCUUCCCCAUUUCGCACUUUCGCUACUUCGUCCUCCAGGUGAUCUUCGUCUCCACGCCGACCAUCUUCUACUUUGGAUACGUGGCGAUAUGGGCCAGAAACGACAAGUCCAAAGACGAGGAACAAGAUGGCGGAGAGAUUGUGAUUGAACACAAAAGAAAAGACAAUGAGGAAAAGGAGAAAAGAGGGAAGAAAUGCGAAAAGGGACCUUCAGAGGCUCCUACGCUCAAGGGAAGGUUGUUGUGCGCGUACACGUUUAGCAUCCUUUUCAAAGUCGUUCUCGAAGCCGGAUUCAUCGUCGGACUUUGGUUCCUCUACGGUGGUUUCCUAAUAGCGGCGAACUUUGUAUGCAAGAGACCGCCAUGCCCUCACACGGUGGACUGCUUUGUCUCACGCCCCACCGAGAAAUCGAUUUUCACCAUCUACACUCAGGUAAUCGCAGCCAUUUCUUUAAUCCUCAACGUGGUGGAGCUUUUUCACCUUCUCCAGCUCGCUUUGACGCGUAAUCUCGAAAAACGAUACCGCGCCGAGCGAAUCGAGCGCCGUUCUCAGUCCAAGCGCCUUACAAACCCGCCGGAGGAGCUAGAACUUCAAACGACUCCUACUCGCUCGUACAAAGCAGAGAACAGCAGUGAGGUGCUGUCUUCACAAGGGGGCGCUACCGUUUACCAGAACUCUUGUGAGAGCUACACGGACUUCGGUAUCGAGGUGAACUGGAGUCCCGAGGAAGGCGCCGGAGAUUUGCUUCCUAGUUACGUCAACUGCAUGGAAGCGAUGAGGACUGAUCGUUCGCCGAGAGUCAACUACAAGAAAAAAUCGGAACACUCAGGAAAGCAGAGUAAGGGUGCCCAUAAAGGACAUUCAAACAACAAACAUUACGUAUGAUGCACAUGGUUUUGUCGCUCAAAAUCCAGUACGGGGAAAGUUGGGUCAAUGUGUAAAAUGUAAAUAAAUCUCACAAAUCUAUAGACGAACAAACUGCUGGACUAAGUUGAAGGUGCACUAUGGAACUUUUCUGUUGGAGGGUCCGGCAUUUGCUUGUCUUCAUGAAUUUUUAUGGCUAAACACGCAACGAUCCCGGGUUUUUUUUAGUUCUGAUUCUGAUAUUUAUUGUGAUACUGUGGCCUUAAGUAUGUGCCGAUCGAAGAUAUCAACCGCCACCAGUACAGGGACUUAAAAUAGACUUAAUUUUUCUAAAAACAAGAAUAUUACGAGACAAAAUGUGCGAUGUAGCUGUCAUUUCUCCCUUCAGACAUAUACAAGGCAGUGUCCAGCAGUAAUUUGACCAGAACUGAAGAAGCUGCUUGGACGAAAACAGCCAAACGUCUUCACUUCUACAACUUUUUUGUCCAGAUUUGACUUUUGGCUUUUACUCUGGAUCAGACCUGGAUGACUGAGGGAUUACACAAACGCUCUUAAGUAACCACGGAACAACUUUGUAUUAAAAACUCAAACAUUAUAAGACUUUCUGGCCCAACUACAGCCAGUAAAUACAAAAAAAUAAAGUCUUAUAACAUCGAUUUAUCCAGUAUUUCCAAGCCCAGCCAAGUUACAGAUCAGAUCUAGUGAAGCGGGGACCCAACUCACAGUAACAAUGUUUUUCCAAAGUAUUUUUAGCAAUAAAAAUGCCUGUAACUGAAAAAAAAACCCCAAAUAUGUACCGGUAUAUGUGGAAUAUUUUGAUUUUCAAUGGAGACAAACAGAAGGUGGAUUCCUGGACAGAAAAGUUACUUAGUGCACCUUUAUUGUUUAGCCUGAUUAUUACCUUAAGAGAAAGUAAAAGCUGUUUUGUUUUCAGAGUUUUUUAAGGGUAAAUAGGCUUUUUUAAUUGAGAAAAACGUCACCUCACGCUCUCGUUUUUGUGCACAUUUUACACACGGCUCCGUUUGGAUGUUUUGACUUUUCUUCGGAGCGUUCCUCACUUUUACACUCACUUAUAAACGGUGCACGUGACACUGGAGAAGGACGAGAAAUGAAGAGAAAGCCAGAUGCCCAACAGACAUUCAGCGAUGCCUUUAGUAGAUAAAUGGACCUAUUCAGAGCUAACAUUUUGAGAAGUCUCCCCCCAAGGCAAAGAAAAGGAUCAGAGAUUGGAGUCAUAAGACGUUUUCAUGUCACGUUUAAUGGCUUUAGAGCUGAAUGUGACGGUGGAAAGGAUAUUCCAUCAUGAAAUACUGAGAUAGAGUUUGUUGUUGUGUUAUUUUUGAGGCGAUUCACCUUAAAAUCGCUGUGGGCAACAAUACAAAUCAAUGAUGCUUUUUUUCCAGUUGGUAAAAUCACAAAAUUCUGAUUAACUUCUAAUUGGACCAAUACAAACUAUGAACCAUCUAUUUGGUAUUAACUAUGGGACAGAUUUGAUUUGGACUAAUUAAAAGUAAUUUCCUGAACAGAAAACAAGAAUAACUUUUGAUUAGAUUAAUUUAACACAAAAGAAAUGCCCAAUUUGGUCUGGAUAUAUAGACUUUUUUAGACUUUUUCAGACUUUUUCGGCCUUGAAUCACCACCGCAGUCCUAUAUUUUGUUUUGGUCCAUCUGCUUCCUAAAGAAUACACAUAGUACACAAGUUUUAUUUUAACACUUCAGUGCAAAUUGAUAACUACAGAAAAUGUGGCUACAGCUUUGUGGUGGAAAAAAGAGGCUGUGGGUGAGUUUGUAGAACAUUUAAACGACACAAGUUGGAGAAAAUGAUCACAAUUGGCCCAACGUACCAGCCCAAAAAUAUCGACCCCACAUAUUGGUCCAAAUAUACUGAACCCACAUAUUGGCCUCAAAAUAUCGACCCCGCAUAUCGGCCUAAAUAUAUCGAACCCACAUAUUGACCCAGAUAUACUGACCCCACAUAUUGACCCCAAAAUAUCGCCCCAAAUACAGCGACCCCGCAUAUCGACCCCACAUAUUGACCCAAAAAUAUUAACCGGGUAUAUCGGUCCAAAUAUAUAUCGACCCCACGCAUCAUCCCAAAAAUAUUGACCCAAAUAUAUCGACCCCACACAUAGGCUUAAAUAUAUUGACCCCAUGUAUCGGCUCAAAAAAUACUGACGCUGCAUAUCCGCCCAAAAAUAUCAACUCCACAUAUCGGCCCAAAUAUAUCGACCCCAUGUCCCACAAAAGUAUUUUUUAGCAAUAAAAACGCCUGUAACUGAAAAAAUACCAAAUAUGUACCGGUAUAUGUGGAAUAUUUCGAUUUUCAAUGGAGACAAACAGAAGGUGGAUAAAAAUAUUGACCCAAAAAUAUCGACCCCACAUAUCGGCCCAAAUAUAUCGACCCCACAACAAGCCAAAAAAUAUCAACCCUGCAUAUCGACCCUAAAAUAUUGACCCCACAUAUUGGUCCAAAAAUAUCAGCCAUUGGUUUAAAAACAAAACUAAAACUAAAACAUAUCCGUGGAUCUCUACAAAUUUAUCCUCCAAAUUUUGAACCUACCUCCAAAAACGUGCCUCACAGACGGAGUGUAAACCUCUCCAUUAAAACACAUCACAUAUUUUUUACCCAGUUUAACCUCAAACUCGAUUAAAAGUUGAUUAACUAACUUCUAACGUGGCCUCGGUGUUACCAGCGGCAAACGAGCUCAGACUGGACAUUCACUUGGAUUUCUCUUGAACAGAUGACCACAUGAGACGGCACGCUCGUUAUUGCUGUUUUAUUUUUCCAAACGGAGCCGUCAGCCCUGUGAGAUUUGCACACUUUGAACCCCCACUUUUUCCCAUGGUUCUCGUGUCCACAGAGGAAUGUCCCAGUGGGCCCUGGACCCCGUCGUCCUGUUUAAUGACCGCGUGCAUUCGUGCUCGCUCACAAUCAUGCGUCCCCUUUCACCCAGAGCAGAACGUGAAAAGAGUCAUUGCAUAAUUUUCUUGUAAAGGCAGUGGAAACGGAGCGUACGGCGUGAGAUGGACUCGAUAAGGUACAAAAGCAAACAAUGCCUAUGUGAUUUGUAUUUAAGAUUAUUAUUUUUGUACAUAAUCUAUAUUUAUUAUCUUGUCAUUAAAAAUAAAUGAGU